GGAUAUUGGCGUUUGUGCUAAUGCAUCCGUUCGCGACUUAUGUUUUGCGAAGCUACUACAAAGCAACAGGAUGGAAUGAAGACAACCUCUAUGCCAACAUCACGCGGUCCUCCAAUGCCAUACUUGACUUCACUGUUCCAAGGGGAUUGCAUUUCUCAAUAUCGAAAUCGCCAAACCCGUUGUUCAAGACAACGUACUCCAUGAAUGCUUUGCCCUCGCUGAAUGGCUCAGUUGGCUACAUCUUUACUACCUGUGACCUCGACGUCAAGGGAUCGAAGGACGUCCGUUUCAAGGACUUGAUCGACCGCUUCAGAGUGUUCGACCAACCGCGGAGACCAGAGGGAAAGGAGGAGGUCUUUUUGGCAGGAGAGAGAAUGGAUCUUCGCGACUACCUUCUCUAUGGUCGGUUGUACAUUCCUACCGGUCGUCUCGAUGCAUUAUAUUCGACAAGGAUAUCUGCCACCCUCCAAGGACUUGUUGCCGCUAUAUCAGAUCCUCGCGCUGAUUACAGCCAUUCACGAGGCCUUCGUACUGGCGCAUCCCCCAGCAACAUAAUGUUCAGUCUUCAGCACGACACUGGACGCUGGUGUACGGAGUAUACGUAUAGCGCGGAGGACAGUAUGGUCGGUGUGCGCACUCUAUACAAUUUUGGGAGAUUAGGUGCUCCAUUGGACUCCCUUGAUGAAGGAGAAAAGACCGGAGACUCUUCAAAGAUGAAGAGAAUAGACGAAGAGGAGGCCAUGGAAGGGGGACUCAAGGGCCGAAUAUCUGCAGGGGCGGAAGUCUACUUCAGUGCUAAGGAAAAGAGUGCCGGAGUGAGCACCGGCAUUCGCUUUACCACACUUCCGGACGCGACACCACCGUCAUUCUUGCUAACACCAGAAUCCUCUUCAUCUGCGUCUUCUCUGCACCACGUUCCUCAAACGCCCUUUGUACAACCUCCAACAACAAUCACUGCAUUAUUCAACCCAAUGAUGGGACAUAUAUCUGGCGCAUAUGCCGCUCGGGUGUCCCGCGACCUUUCUCUCUGCUCACGAUUUGACUUCAAUGUCUACAGUUACGAGAGCGAGUGGACCGUCGGCACGGAGUGGUGGCUCCGGAGGUCGAAGCACAGAACAGCACUUUCUGGCGACAACGAUCAUGUUGAUGUAGCUAUUCCUGAGGCUCCGUGGCCAGUCGACGAGGUAACAGGUGUGGUUAAGGCCCGAGCCUCAACAUCGAACGAUGUCGCUCUUAUGUGGGAGGGUCGGCUGCAGAACAUCCUCAUCAGCCUCGGUGUUGUAUCUAACCUCUCCAGUGGAUCGAAGCCGAUAAAGUCGCUAGGCCUUGAGGUUUCCUACUUCAGCUCAGGAUAGUCUCUUUUCACUGCAC